UGUCUCGACCAGUCAUCUCGCGCUACAGACUCGGGGGCGGGCGGUGCUAAUUAACAAACCAAUCCGUGGCCGAGGCAGAGACAACAGGGCGGAGCAUCCGCCCGCCAAUUGGAAGUGCUAGAAGGCGGGUCUUCCCAGUCUGCGGACAGCUACAGCGCCAUGAACAUUUUGCCCAAGAAAAGCUGGCAUGUUCGGAAUAAGGACAAUGUCGCCCGCGUGCGGCGUGACGAAGCUCAGGCCAGGGAAGAAGAAAAGGAGCGUGAGCGGAGGGUACUGCUUGCUCAGCAAGAGGCCCGCACAGAGUUCCUAAGGAAGAAAGCCAGGCACCAGAAUUCACUGCCUGAGCUUGAUGCAGCAGAGGCUGGAGCUCCAAGGUCUGGCCCUGUGGACCUGUUCCGGGAUUUGCUGGAGGAAGGGAAAGGGGUGACCAGAGGCAAUAAAGAGUAUGAGGAAGAAAAGCGACAGGAAAAAGAGAGGCAGGAAAAAGCGCUGGGCAUCCUGACGUAUCUGGGCCAGAGUGCAGCAGAGGCCCAGACUCAACCUCCUUGGUACCAGCUCCCCCCAAAGCGAAGGGGUUCCCCAACAGGCUCAGGCAGAGAUGAGAAGAUCAAGAGCCGACUAGACCCCUUGCAGGAGAUGCAGAAGCAUCUGGGGAAGAAGAGAAGGCACAGCAGUGAAGAUCGAGGUCACAAGAGGAAGGAAAAGAUGGAAGGAUCUGAGAAGCAGCAGCCCAAGCAGCCCCCAUCCCUGGACCAGCUUCGAGCUGAACGUCUUCGGCGGGAAGUGGCUGAGAGGGCUCGGGCUGAGGCCCUGCUGGCCCGAGUCCAUGGCCGGGUCCCCCAGGAGGGUCAGCCAGAGGAGGAAGAGACAGAUGAUCGGCGUCGGCGGUACAACUCCCAGUUCAACCCCCAGCUAGCCCGGCGCCCCCGCCAGCAGGAUCAUCUUGCUCACUGACUCCUGAGGGGGUACAGGAGAGGCUGUGCUGCCAGCCGUCAUAUAAAACUAUUUAUUCAUAAAUAUUUUCCAAAAUGAAAAUAGGUUUACCAAAAAAUGUCCCUCACUGGGGAGGGGAGGAGGGGGCAGCCCUCGCCCCCGGGCCCCCAGGGUGGGGCUGAGAGGAAGAGAAAACCUCCCGGCCCUCUCCCUGCUUCCUGGGGGAGGGGGUGCCCCAUGGCCUGGGGCCUCCCCAGUCUUCCAGGGCAGGGCCCUCACCUGGGCAGGGGGAUCAGCAUGCGGGGGGAAGGGUCAGGUAGAGGGGCCGGUGUCACUGGAGGUCCCGGUCCUCCAGGUAGCGAUACUCAAAGGUGAAGCCUUCCUUCUUCCGCUGGCCCCACUUCUCGUAGUCAAAGUAGAUGUAGGUGCCCUGGCCAGGGGAGAAGGUGGUCAGUGAGUGGAUGAGCUGGUGGGCUGGGAGCUGGGUCAGACAACCGGGGCAGUUCUAGGAGCCACAGAGUGCCAGGCCAGCUGCCCCACACGCACAGUUUCACUCCACCGCAGUGUCUGGACAGCAGAUGUCACCAUGGUGCAGGGUGCGUGCACCUGAGUCAGGCCUCACCCAGGCCUAUCUGCAAGGCUGCCCUGCUUCCCAUCCGCUGCAGCUGUGGAGUGCCUCUCCUGUGCCGAGCACACCUGUGAAGGCCCCGUGUGGAGUCUUCAUAAAGACCUUGGGGCAGCAGGUACCAUUGCCCCUGCCUAGAGAACCCAACAGGCUCAGAGUCUACAUCCAGGCGCUCUGCAGGGACACUUUAUUUUGACAGUGGUGGUGUGGGAAUUUCUGAUUGACUGGAUGCCCUGGAAUGUACUGAUGUGGAGGACCAAACUAGGAGGGGGACAGGAAGUCUGCAGUCAAGUGGUCAAGGUUGAAGAGGAGCUAGGUCCUGAGUGAGGGUCUGAAAUGCUUCAAAGAAAGCAGCCUGGAGACCAGAGGAGCAGGAUGGGAUUCGGUGAGGACAAGGAUCACUGAGGGGGCUUGACAUCUGGGAAAUACUUGUGGAGGAAAACCACUGUGGAACACACCAAAUGAAAGUAACUUGGAAAAAAAAAGGUCCAUGACGCUCACUGUGUAGCAGGCACCAUUAGUACUUACAGGUUAUUAGCUCAUUUAAUCCUUGUAACAACUGCAGAGGUGGGUCCUGUUACCCCAUUUUUACAGAUAAGACGACAGACUGGUACAAGGGCAGCCAGCUGGAGCUGGGCUCAAACUCAGGAGGCUGACUCCAAGAUGUUUCCAAUCAGUUAAUUGUUGGAACAUGAGAAGGCCAUCUUAACAGCCUCCCCUGAGUGUCUGCUGAGCCCCUGCUCUGCUGGGUACAGUGGAGCCCAUGGCCUGGUUCAGGGAGACAUGCCAACUAGGAAAUUCCACACUCCCAACCAAGGUG